ACCCGACUCACAUGUGUAAGGAAAACGCCGGUUCAUAAGGAACUCAAGCGAGAACCUCCAUUAACGUUGGGGAGAGCCAAAGAGGCAGUGGCACCACCAAUAUUCAUAUCAAUUGAGCUUCGAAGAAAUGGCCGCAAUCUUAGCUCGCAAGUCUAUCUCUGCUUUUCGCUAUCGCCAGCUCACUGUAGCAGGACAAGUAUUACAGGGCCCUAACACCAGUGAGACAGUUUCCAGUGCACGCUCGUUUGCAACUAAACACUCCUUUUCCACUGAUAAAGAUGAUGAAGAAAGAGAGAAGCUUGCAAGGGAGAUCUCAAAAGACUGGAGUUCUGUUUUUGAACGGAGCAUUAAUACGUUAUUUCUAACUGAACUGGUUCGAGGUUUGUCACUAACACUCAAAUACUUCUUUGAGCCAAAAGUUACUAUCAAUUAUCCAUUUGAGAAGGGUCCUUUGAGCCCAAGGUUUCGAGGAGAACACGCCCUCAGACGUUAUCCAACUGGAGAAGAACGUUGUAUUGCCUGCAAACUUUGUGAAGCUAUAUGUCCAGCUCAAGCUAUUACUAUUGAAGCUGAGGAGAGAGAAGAUGGGAGCCGUAGAACAACAAGGUAUGAUAUUGACAUGACAAAGUGUAUCUACUGUGGAUUUUGCCAAGAAGCAUGCCCUGUUGAUGCCAUUGUUGAAGGACCCAAUUUUGAGUUUGCCACUGAGACUCAUGAGGAGCUGCUAUAUGAUAAGGAGAAAUUGCUUGAAAAUGGGGAUAGAUGGGAAACAGAGAUUGCUGAGAAUCUUCGGUCUGAGAGCUUAUAUCGAUGAACAGUGUUUUUCCGAUAUAAUCUUUUGGGAAUAAAGGAACCCACACUAUCAAUAAUUUGUUUUGGUCAAAAAUACCCUUGAAAAUUGUAGAAUGUUCAACAAAAUAGAUGAUGUCAAAUUCACAAAUAAAGACUUUUGUGGCAACUCCAUGUAUUUUUAUUUGAGUAGAAGUGUAUGCUUAUAUGCAAUUUAUUUAACGAGUUAUCUUUUAUUUAAUUAGAAUUUUAUUUUUUAA